ACCUAUCUUGUGGCCUUUUCUUUAUCUUAAUGUUUGGAUUCAUUCUUUUAUAUAUAAAUAUCUCACUCUUCAAAUAUCCUCUCACACAUCUCUCUCAUUCAAACCCAAAUCAUCCGUUCAUUGAGAUCUUAACUUCAUUACUAUGGGAGGCUGCGUCUCUUCUUGUAGAUCGUCGUCUUCGUCGUCAACGACUGCGUUUAAGAACGUCCGUGUCGUUCAUCUCAACGGCUACGUGGAGGACUUUCUCGAGCCGGUUUCAGUGAGGCAACUCACUGGCGAUCCUCCGAAGCACUUCGUAUGUACGACGCUUCAGCUUCUGUCGCCGUCGAAUUCGACGACGCCGUUGAAGGCAGACGCGAAGCUCCGGCCAGGGGAGGUCUACUUUAAGCUACCGUGCUCCGUCCUACAGGCUGAUGUUUCUCCGGUUGACUUGGCCUCACUCGCCAAGCGGCUCACCGCCAUAGCUAAAACCACGAGCACUAUCGUGAACCGAGCCGAGGAGGACGAAAAUCAGCCGCGGCUCGGUCGCGUCCCUCUGUCGAGCCACCUUGCGUUGAGCCACAGAGAUAGGGUUUCAGUGUCGGCUUGUGGAUUACAAGGUGGAAGAAGAAGAGGAGGAGGAAAAAGAAGCCUUUAUGGUCAUGGAGUUCAGCCAUGGAAACCAAUCUUAGAUCCGAUCGGAGAAAGCUCGUUCGGCUCGAGAUGUAGUGAGUGAUAAGGUGAAUCUACACGACGAUGAAAAUUUGAUUUGUUAAGUUUCGUUAUAUGUAUAUUUUUGUCACGAUGAUGAUCUUCAGAUUCAGAAAUCGUUGUCUUUGAACAUAGAUGAGAAUUGAAGUUGUUGAAUUUCGAAGACUUUUUCUGGUACUA